CCUCUGCAAUUCAAAAUCCGAUACACAUCUCUCAAAUUGAGAGAGUCACAGUCAUAACCCCGUUGACCAUUUUCAAAUUUUGCCAUUGUUUCCCUAGUCCGACCGAUUAAAAUAGAAAGUUUUCGGUUUGAAUUUGAGGUUUUUACUCAGCAAAGAGCGCCUUUAAAUUCUUGAAAUUAAUUUGAAAGAUCUUUUCCUAUCAUGGAUGGUGAGGGUUCGGUGAAGAAUCAGUCUCCAAUAGCUCACAGAUCUGGAUUAAAGAAGAGGGGUUGUAUGGAAAUUGAAGAAACCUCCGAAUCUUCUCAAAAGAGAGUGAAAAUGCGCGAUCUUGAAUCAGUUUUUCGCGCCGAAGGAAGAGAAAAAGUGCUUGAUCUGAAUGUCCAAGCUGGUUCUGCCAGUUGUGUGGUUGGUGAUGAGUUGAAUAACCUCCCGGCAUCUGAGAAGGAAUAUUUGCAUCACAACGAUGGCCUAACUAAGGCUAGAGGGUUCGACUUGGACCUAAAUGCUGCUCAUGUUUCAAGUUCUAACAAUGAGCCUUGUAAAAUGCAUGAGCAUUUGAGGUCUCGAGAUGACUCUGAUUGUGUCAGUUCGGUUGGCCCGUUGGAGACCAAGGAUCCAAUGAGGGUCUGGAAGGGCUUGAAACAAAAUAAUUACUUGUCUAGCUCGUAUGGAGCUCCACCUCUCGCAGUGCCAAAGGUGCGUGGGAGGAAGAAAUCUAGCAACGAUGUAAUGAAGAAGAAAAUGGAGCUUGCAAAGAAGGAACAGGUUGAUAGAUUUGCAAGAGCAGCUGCUCCAAGUGGCUUGCUUAAUGGGCUUAAUCCCGGUAUUAUAAACCAUGUGAGAAACAGUAAACAGGUUCACUCUAUUAUAGAGGCCUUAGUGAGAUCAAAGAAGGACGAAAGUAAACGUAAUCAAAUCAAGACUGGUGCACAUGAGCUCUCAGAAAGAAGAGAAGCUAUACUGGGGAGAAGGGAGAUGAAGGAGUAUGCUUUCUUCUCAAAAUCAGUAUAUCCAAAUACGGAGAUCACAAGAGGCGAUGGUCCUAGAAUGACUUCACGUUAUGGAAAGGAAAAUGAGGAUGAAAGACUGCCACUACAAAUACCUUCAUCUGUGGUAGUUGGCACAGAGAAUGCCAGCUGCUUGUCAAGUGAUGAAUCAGCGAACAUUAGCAGCGUUACUUCACUUUCACUUAAAGCUGCUAAUAUAGCUUCACAAUGGUUGGAACUUCUACAUCAAGAUAUAAGAGGGCGGCUUGCAGCACUUAGACGCAGUAAAAAGAGAGUUCGUGCAGUUAUUAACACAGAAUUACCCCUCCUGAUAUCCAGAGAGUUUUCGUCUAACCAAGAGAAUAAUGUACAAAUGAUAAAUCCUACUACUAGCCAUUUUGACCAAGCAACUGCUGAUGCUCACUCUGCUAGAUGGAGCACUCUUUUUGGUCAAAUGGAUAAAGCACUUUCCGAAGAAGAAGGCCAUCUGGAGAAUUGGCUGAAUCAAGUGAAGGAAAUGCAGUCACAUUGUGAAGUUGGUCUCAACACAAAUGGUUUGCAUCACCCCUCAGAGCAGGCAGUUCCUCCCAGAUACGACAACAGAUCAGGAGCAGCAGAAGAUUUCGAGAAGGGUUUAGCUAUAAGGGCUGCUGCUGCUUCGAUAUAUUCGACUUGCAACUUCUUAUUGUCAAAGGAAAACUUACCUUGUUACCAGUUAUCCUGAGCUUCCUAACUGCCAUUCAUAUUCUUGACUAGACUUGGAUUAUGUAGUCUUGAAUUUCUUUACUAUUACCAAUAUACACUAAUCUUUCAUUUCAAAUUAGUUUUUUUUUAAA